CCCCGCCACCCCGGCUUCGGGCCGCUGGGCGCGGCGCUGCGCGCCAACCUGGCGGCGCAGUGGUGGGACUCGGCGCUGCCCGUGCGGCAGCAGGUGUUCCCCGUGGACGCCGCGCUCCACGGCCCGCCCGGCGCUCCGCGGGACGCGCGGGGGCUGCGGCUGCUGCACCCGGAGACGCUGCGCGAAGUCCUUCAGGGCUGUGGGCAGAACCCUGGCAGCCCGGCCCUGGAAGAACUGCUGGGGGCCGCGGGGGUGCUGCGGGAGAGCCUCCUGCCCGGUGUCCUGGCGCAAUAUGUCAGCUGCUUAGAGCUGGUGAACAGAAGAUUGCCCUGUGGCCUUGCUCAAAUUGGAGUGUGCUUCCAUUCUGUUCCAGAAAGUGAACAUUCUGCUCCAGGAAAUGAACAACACAACAAAAACAAAAACUGUCCAAGAAUAGGCGAGAGGACCGAGUCUUUGCUUGCAUGGUUUAGUUCUCCCAGAACUGCAGGACAGUGGCUCGAUUACUGGCUACGCCAGAGGCUCCAGUGGUGGAGAAAGUUUGCUGUAGGCCCGUCUAACUUCAGCAGCAGUGACUUUCAGGAUGAAGAAGGCAGAAGAGGAUUUAAGUUACAUUACAACUUUCCGUGGGGGACAGAAACAAUAGAAACACUGAAGAACCUUGGUGAUACUGAACUGUUACAGAUGUAUCCAGGAGAGAGAUCAAAAUUACUUGGCCGAGAUGGAAGGAAGAAUGUCAUCCCUCAUGUUCUGUCUGUGAAUGGGGAUCUGGACCGAGGAGUAUUAGCCUAUCUCUUUGAUUCUCUACAGCUAGUUGAGAAUCCAUUAUCAGCAAAGAAAAAUUCACAGAGAAAGGUACUUAAGCUUCAUCCUUGCUUAGCACCCCUUAAAGUAGCCUUGGAUGUAGGAAAAGGUCCAACAACAGAGCUGAGGCAGGUUUGUCAAGGUUUGUUCAAUGAGCUGACAGAAAAUGGGAUUUCUGUAUGGCCGGGUUAUCUGGAAACUGUGCACAUGUCUCUGGAACACCUUUGUACAAAGUAUGAUGAGAUGAGUAUUCCUUUCAUGAUCUUGAUAAAUGAUGGCACUCUAGAGAAUGGAGUGGUCCAGCUGAGAAGCAGAGAUACCACCAUGAAGGAAAUGAUGCACAUUUCCAGGCUGAAGGACUUUUUAACUAAGCUCUGGAUUGAAGAUGAUGAACAGCAGUUAACUCAAUUACAAACAACUUGAAUCAGACUUUUUUUUUUCUAUAAUCUUGAAACAAAGCAGUGAGAUUCCAUACUGAAUAUAAAU